GGAGCGCCGGGGCGAGGGAUGCAAGCGCUGCAGAGAGCGACGAGGGUGGCCCUUUCGGACGCGCAGAGCAGCCCCCACGGACAAGAGCACUGCAGCGGCACAGACAGAAAUCCGCCGUGCAUUUGAAGGUGCUGGGGGUUAGGGAAGAAGGCCGAUUGCGCGCGUUUGAGGUUUGAGGUUUGAGGUUUCGGGCAAUCGGUGGUGGCAGAGGAAUGACGGACAAGAGCGAGGAAUUUCGCUGCAGCUGGAGGUGAAAGGAGAUGAUCAAGCGGAGAGCUGGAGGAGGAGGAGGAGGUGAUAGAUGAUGUCGCAGGACGAAGCGGGAAUUUUCUGCGUUUGACUUCGCCUGCGUGUCCGUGGGCACAGAGAUGGCGGUUGUUGCUACGAGCGAGCUGCUGCGCUUGCACGACUCGAUCACCUGCUCGCCGCAUGCUUCGUCCCGUGAUGGCUCUUCCGGUGUUGUGAAGAGCUUGAGGCGAAGUUCUGGGACCAGCAGGAAGCGAGUUACUCUCAAGCAACAGAGAGCUUUUGGACCUAAUUCUUCUCGGUUUAGCGUAGAAACUACUUGUGCACCUUCGAGCAUUUCUUACAGCCCCUGUCGAAGGCCAUCCAGGUUGUCGGCCUUUGAUCGAAUUCAAAAUUUGCCUGUCACUGCUGCAUCUGCCGGGGAGAAAAGGACAUUUUUACGACAGUCCAUUCAAGCCAAUGCUACCAUUGUGACCACCGAGAGCUGGGUAGGGAGCGAUGAAGCAGUGGCUACUGCCGCAGCCGAGGAAGCCAUGGCUCUCGCAAGAGCUGCUGCAAAGGCCGCCAGGGAUGCAGCUGCUUACGCCGAAGCCCAGGCUUUAGCAGAAUCCUUCGAUGAUUUUCCCACAGAGCAGGAUUUGCUGCUUUUGGAGAGGGCUAGGCUUAAUGAAAUGGCCAAAGGUGGCUCGGUACUAACGAUGGAGUCUGCCGAUCUUCUAGAUGUGGGUGCCGACACCGAACAAAUCACUAGUCUUUGGAAAGAAUUAAACUUUGCACCCAGCGAAUUAGAUUUAGGGUCAAAUUCAGGCUUUACAUCAGAAGAGGCCCAAGCCGGAAGGCUUUGUGACGAUCCACAGUCCUCCGAAUAUGAAAGAGACGGUAGGAGCUACAACAUAGCUGUCAGGUCAAACCGUCGGCGAGAGAGGCUAUUAAAGAGAGAGCGGGCUCUAGUGAAGGCUGACAAAGCUGCAACUGCCCCUCCCACUACAUCAAAAGCAAAGAAGUCACAGCCUGCAUACGAUCCUCAAGACCCUGUCCGGGCCUAUCUGAGGGACAUUGGCAAAACAAAGCUUCUCACCUCCUCCGAAGAGAUCGAGCUCGCCGAGGGAAUACAGGAUUUGUUAAGGGUAGAGAGUGUGAAGAAUGAUUUACGAGAGCAAAUGGGACGAGAGCCAACUCUGAUGGAGUGGGCCAAGGCUGUCGGAACCGAGCGGCACUCACUUGAGUCACGAAUUAAAUCAGGACAAGCAUGCAAGGACAGGAUGGUGAAUUCCAACUUACGUCUGGUGGUUUCGAUUGCGAAGAGAUACCAGGGCAGGGGGAUGACCAUCCAGGAUCUCAUCCAGGAGGGAAGCAUGGGUCUGAUUCGAGGUGCAGAAAAGUUCGAUCACACCAGAGGGUUUAAGUUCUCAACUUACGCUCACUGGUGGAUUCGACAAGCCAUCACGAGAGCUAUCGCUGAUCAGUCGAGAACCAUUCGCCUUCCUGUACAUGUCUACGAGUUGUUGUCUCGAAUUACCAAAGCAAAGAGCAUGUUAGCCGCAGAACACGGACGGGCGCCUAGGGAUGAAGAAGUUGCCGAGUUGGUCGGCCUGAGUAUUGAGAAGUUGAAAAUGGUGAUUAAAUCAGCGAGGUCACCGAAAUCUAUGGAAUUUCCAGUUGGAAAGAACAAUGAUACCACUCUUGGGGAAGUUAUACCAGAUAAAGACAUUGACUCUCCGGAGGAGGCUAUCUCUAAGAGGCUGCUUAAGCAGGACUUAGAUGUCGUUUUGCACACACUAAGUCCACGUGAAAGGGAUGUACUGAGACUGCGAUAUGGUUUGGAUGAUGGUAGGAUGAGGACUCUUGAAGAAAUAGGAAAUGUUUUUAAAGUAACCAGGGAACGUAUUCGACAAAUUGAAGCCAAAGCUUUGAGGAAGCUUCGGCAGCCUAGUAGGAACACUGCAUUGCGCGAGUAUCUCGAUCUAUAGCCUAAUUCGUCAUAUUCAUUCCUGCGAGAUUCUCCCUUGUGUUUCGGAUGGAGAGCUGAGUCGGUACCAUGAUACAAGGCAGAAUUUCGCAGUUCACAUUUAAACGGUCUACCAAUUUCUGUGUACAAAGAGUUUGUGCUACUAUAGGAGCUGUAAUCACUCCACUUCCAUGGAGCUUUGUUGAACCCAGAGCUCAGUAAAGGAUCAGUUAUUUUGUGUUC